AUGACAUGGUGGAAUUGUUGGAAUCAGCAUAUGCAGAAGCUGAGCAUACUAAUUAAGCAUGAUUCUGUGAAUCAAUCUCUCACUGGGAACCAGACCCUUGUCUCUCCUGCAGAAAAUUUUGAAUUGGGUUUCUUUAAACCAGGUCAGUCUCCCAACUAUUACAUAGGAAUUUGGUACAUGAAAGUCAAAACAAGAACCAUAGUCUGGGUAGCAAAUAGAGAGACACCCAUCUCCGAUGCAUUCUCUUCUAAAUUACAAAUUCUCAAUGGUAACUUAGUGCUCUUAAACGAGUCAAACACCCAAAUUUGGUCUACAAAUAUAACCCCUACACCUACACCCACACCCACACCUUCUGCAUUAUCAGUAGUUCUUCUUGAUGAUGGUAAUUUAGUUUUGAGAUAUAAUUCAAGUUCAAGUUCAAGUUCAAUCACACCAAUUUGGCAAAGUUUCGAUCAUCCAACCAAUACUUUCUUGCCUGGUGGCAAGUUGGGAUACAACAAGCGUACAAACACAAAGCAGAUUAUCACUUCAUGGAAAAGUACAGAAGAUCCUUCAAUGGGUCCCUUUUCUUUAGAGGUUGACCAAGAUGAGAAACAGUAUGUGAUUAAAUGGAAUAAAAGUGAACAGUAUUGGGCUAGUGGAUCUUGGAAUGGUAGAAUCUUUAGCUCUGUACCCUAA